GCUGGUGGGGGUCGGGGCGAUCCUCAUCUGCCCAGGCGGCCCCGUGGGAAGCUCCCUCUGCCUCGGGGCUGAUCCUCUGCCACUCGGACCGUAGAUCUGAGCCGGUGGUGAAGGAGGUGUUCCCGGCCUCUCCGGUGAGCCGGGCUGUACAUCUCAUACCUUCGGGGUUUGUAUUAAGGCCUGGGCAGUGUAUCCUCGGGUUCGGCACUUCGAGACAUUUCUGGACACUCCUGGGUCACAGAGCUGGUCCGUGGUGUAGAACACUUUUCUGGGUUUACCGUUCUUUAGAAAACAGAAAGCGAGGGUUGAAGAAAGCUUAAAAGAGUAAUCUUUCCAGCCUUUUCACCUAAUAAAUGAAGAAUGAAGUGCAGAGUAAGUCCGGUCCACUCAGGAAGAACCUUUCCAGGAGAGAUCUUACUCAUAGGUGUUUGCACAGCUAUGAUGUCAUCUACUUGGAAUAUCCAGGCCCACAAGGACCAGGAUGAACUUCUGGAAGUAAAGAUAGAGGAUGAGGAGGAGGAAGAGAAUAAAUAUACCCCAAAACAGGAUGGGAGCCUUCAAAAGAACAACACUCAUAGCAGAGAGGUCUUUCGACAAUACUUCAGGCAGUUCUGCUACCAGGAAACAUCUGGACCACGGGAAGCUUUAAGCCGACUCCGAGAGCUUUGCCAUCAGUGGCUGAGGCCAGAGACCCACACCAAAGAACAGAUCCUGGAGUUCCUGGUGCUGGAACAGUUCCUGACCAUCCUACCUGAGGAACUUCAAGCCUGGGUACAGGAGCAGCAUCCAGAGAGUGGAGAGGAGGCAGUGACUGUUUUGGAAGAUUUAGAGAAAGAGCUAGAUGAACCAGGAUGUCAGCUUGCAGUCCUGCAUGAAGAUAAAGAAACAUUCUUGCAGGAGGUUAUACCUCUAGGAACAGAACAAGAACCCAAUAUGUCCCUCCAGUCUAUGAAAGCCCAGUGUGACUCUCCAGAACUUGAAGCUCAAGCAGAGCAAGUUUCAGAUGUUAAGACUGAAAAUGAGUACAGGAAUUUAACUCCAAAACAAGAGGUUUCUGAAGGAAUGGAACCAUGUGGGAAUGUGUCUAGCAGAUUUGAAAAUGAUACAAACCAUUCUGCUUGGUGUGGAGAAACUCAUGAACCAGAAGAGCCUUCUGGAUGCUCCAGGGAAGAUAAACAACCUAUAUGUAAUGAAAAUGGAGUGAGUCUGACUGAGAACUCAGACCAUACUGAAAAGAUAACCUGUCCAGGAGAAAAAUCUUAUGAAUGUGAUGACUGUGGAAAAACUUUUAAUCAGCAAUCACGCCUCAUAGAACAUAAGAGGAUUCAUACUGGUGACAGGCCCUACAAAUGUGAAGAAUGUGGAAAAACUUUCCGUGGGAGAACUGUGCUUAUUCGACACAAAAUAAUACACACUGGAGAGAAACCAUACAAGUGUAAUGAGUGUGGCAGAGCCUUUGGACGGUGGUCAGCUCUUAAUCAACAUCAGAGACUUCACUCUGGAGAAAAGCACUACCACUGUAAUGAAUGUGGCAAAGCUUUUAGCCAGAAAGCAGGCCUCUUUCACCAUCUCAAGAGUCACACGAGAGACAAACCUUAUCAGUGUCCUCAGUGUAAUAAAAGUUUUAGUCGACGUUCCAUACUCAUUCAGCAUCAAGGAGUUCACACUGGUGCAAAGCCCUAUGAGUGCAGUGAGUGUGGAAAAGCUUUUGUUUAUAACUCAUCCCUUGUUUCUCAUCAGGAGAUACACCACAAAGAAAAAUGCUACCAGUGCAAGGAAUGUGGAAAAUCCUUCAGUCAGAGUGGUCUUAUUCAACAUCAGAGAAUCCAUACUGGGGAGAAGCCAUACAAGUGUGAUGUAUGUGAAAAAGCCUUCAUUCAAAGGACAAGUCUUAUAGAGCAUCAGCGAAUUCACACUGGAGAGAGACCCUAUAAAUGUGAUAAGUGUGGGAAGGCUUUUACUCAAAGAUCAGUGCUCACAGAACAUCAGAGAAUUCACACUGGAGAGAGGCCCUACAAGUGUGAUGAGUGUGGGAAUGCCUUCCGAGGAAUCACCAGCCUCAUUCAGCAUCAGAGAAUCCACACUGGGGAGAAACCCUACCAAUGUGAUGAGUGUGGCAAAGCCUUCAGACAGAGGAAGAAGAGUAGCUAUAAGGAAAUGCUUCUGAAAAAUCAGUGUGAACCUCAAGCUGGAGUGAAUCUUCUCCUCAGCUCUCUCAUUCCAGAAUGGCAAUCCUCUUGCAGGAAAGAUCUCUAAUAAUGACUGAUGAUAGAGGAAGAGGACUACUCAGGACCAAGAAGCAGGUUGGCAAAUAAGUCACAAAUCUUUCUUCAAACUUUAAGUUGUUAAUACCAGAAGAUAAAUAUCUGGACCUCACAGGGCAGUCAGAAGAUUCAGGGAAAGUACAUACCAAUGAACAGGUGCUGGAACAAGUUCUGACCACUGCCUGGGGAACUGCAGAUCUAGGUAAUAAAAUGUCCAGAAUAUGGAGAGAAAGCAUCAGUUAUGUUGGAAAAAGUGAAGAAAUUCCUUGAAUGAAGGACAAGCCACAGGUGGGAAGGGUUGGGAGGAUCAUGUAUGGCUUUACUAGUGAAAGGUUUUGGGAAUAGCACAGAAAGCAACAAAACUGAACUUUGGCCGGGCGUGGUGGCACAUGCCUGUAAUCCAAGCGGCUUAGGAGGCUGAGGCAGGAGGAUUGUGAGUUCACAGCCAGCCUCAGCAAAAGUGAGGUGCUAAUAAGCAGUUCAGUGAGACCCUGUCUCUAAAUAAAAUACAAAAUAGGACUGGGGAUGUGACUCAGUGGUUGAGUGCCCCUGAGUUCAGUCCCUGGUACCCCUCCCCCCCACAAAAAAAAAAACCACCAGAAAAACCCCUGAACUUUGGGAUUUUACCAGCAUCCCCUCAUGCGUUUUAAUUCCCCCUGGAUUCAUGGAACCUUCUUUUUCUUUUUUUUUUUUUUAAUUAAAAAAAAAUUUGGAGCCUUCUUUUUUAAAUGGGUUUUUGUUUAGUGUUCUUACAUAAGAGUUAGCUUCAGAAAAACAAAAAAACUUCAAAAAAGUUUUCCUAGACCAGCUUCAGCUCAUUGCCAAUAAGUCCCAGGCUUUAGAAAAAGAUAUGUUUUGGCAGACAAAGUACUUUGGAAUCAAAGGUUUUAUGUCCAAACUAAGAACCUGUGUUAGUUUAACUCUCAGCUUUAUUGCUUUUUAAUAUAGAAAACGGAUGAGAAAGGGUCUCUGGAGAGAAAGCCAAACAAUGGAAGCCUCCAAACUUUUAGUAGUAUCCUAUUCCUUAAAACUUUAUCUUGCUGGGCAUGGUGGUACACACCUCAGCAGGCUGAGGCAGGAGAAUUACAAGUUUAUAUAGCCAGUCUCAACAAUUUAGGAUGGCCCUAAGCAACAUAACAAGAUCCUGUCUCAAAAUAAAAAAUAAGGCCUGAGGAUGUGGCUCAGUGGUUAAGUGCCACUGGGUUCAGUUCCUGGUACCAAAACCAAACAACAACCCAAAAAACUUAUCUCACUCAACUUCUUAUUAUCUUUAAGUAGAAAUUCAGUCAUAUUUGUGGGUUUAAGGAAUUGAGGUUGGUUUUUUUUUUUUUUGACCUAUUUGACUUAUUUAGUUUUAAACUGUUCAUUUUUUCUUAUGUUUUAGGAUUGGAUAUUAUCUGGAAAAAUUAUUUUCCCCCUGUAAAUUUUCUGGCAUACUUGAUUUCCCCAUGUCACAUUAGUAGUAUUUCAAAACUGGUUUUUGCUUCAAGUUAACUUUUAUUUUAUUCCAGUGUUUAUUGAUCCAUUUAAAUAUUUUCUGAGCAUUUCAUAGGUGUAUAGUAGUGGACUAGGUAAUGUCAACCAGUAGGUAUAAAUAGUCCUUUUAGCUAUCCUUAGCAUAUUAAACUUUCUCUUGGUUUCAUAAUAUUCCUUGUUUCUUAGCUCUUGAUUCAGAGUGAUCAAUUAUAUUUUUUGAUUAUACCUUUCUGAUUCUUUUUCAUAUUUUUCGAGAAAAAUUUCUUCUAGUCUUUUUCUGCCUGUCUUCUCUUACUUAAACCGAUCCUAUAACUUCUUGGUCAUGUCACAAAAUUGAGAUGCCAAUUCAGAGACUUAGAAUAGGCAUGUACUUUAGGAUUUUAUUUUUAUCACUGUUCCUGAUAGUCAGUCUCAUUAUCUCAGAAAAGACAAUCAACAUUCGAAUUGUAUUUUUUUUUAGAUGGUGUAACUGAGAAUGAAAAUAAGGACUUGGCCCCAAGUUUCUGUAGAACCACAGUAUCAGUGCAAUAAGUAGUAAAAGCUUUAGUUAUUGGUGAGUCAUUACUCAACACUAGGGAGUCCACGGUGGAGAGAAUGUCUUUGAGAUCAAUGAGUUUUAAAAGGCUUUUGUUUAUAGUGGGACCCUCCUUUCCUAUCAGGAGGUCCAACACAAGGAAAAUAAUAUUAUCAGAAUAAGGAAUGUGGGAAAGCUUUCAGCCAUAGUGGCCUUGUUUGAUAUCAAAGAAGCCACAUGUAUCAAUGUGAUAACUGUGAGGCAGCCUUUAUUCAGCAAGGAAACCUUAGAGAACCUUGUGUGAAGAAUGUAAGAACUCCACCCAAAGUCAGAACUGACUUUACCAAGAAGUCUACACAGAGAAGAGAUUUUAUAAACAUGAAUAUGGAAAUGCUUUCUAUGGAAUCAUCCACUUUAUUCAACAUUGAAGAAUUUACACUACAAAGAAACCUUGCCGGUAUUGUUGAGUAUGGAAAAAUCUUCAGACAGAGUUUGGACCUUGGGAAACAUCAGUGAAUUCAUAUUAGAGAGACUCUUACAAAUGAGAGGAUUGUAAAAAGCGUCAACAACAGUUUCCCCAACACCGGAAAGUUAAUGUAAAUGGGCGCAUUAUAUGGGGAAUGGGUAGUCUAAAUUAUUCAUUUUAGCCAGUAAAGUCAUUAAAUUAUGUCUCAGAUAAAAAAAAAAUUAGGUAAGAAGUUCUUUUUUCCUUUUCCCAGAGGGAUCUAUGUAUGUAAACAACAAAAUAAACUUUAUAUGUGCA